AUGAGGUUUAUCAAAUACGCUUGCGGAAGAGUCGCUCUUUCUGCGAACCUGCAUCACGUGUGCAGCCGUGCCACUGAUGCAGCCGUGGGGGCGCAACCUAAAUCGGCUCUUUUGCUCUCUUCGCGACAGAUGGGGUUUGCAGCGGCGUGCCACGUGGUGCAUGCUUCUGCUACUCCGUUUGGUGGGCGAAGGUGCCGACGGUGUUGCCGUGGUAGUUCUCUCGGGGACGCACCAGCAACGACAACAGCCCUCAUGGCCUCGGCUCGGUUUUGUGGCACGGCCGCGAGAGUAAGCGAGGAGGAGAAUUCUGGGGAGGAGGCCAAGGGUCUGCAGGAUGCUGAGGCGUUGUUGCGGGAGCGGUUUGGGCCACAGGCUAAGUUGGUGCUUCGGCGGUGCCCGCGGCGUGGAGCUCGGCGAGCCACACAGAAAAUAGAGGAGGUUGGGGGGGAGGACGAGGACGAGGAUGACGCGGUGGUGGUAGAGGAUGAGGAGCCCGUGGCAGGCGACGUAUUGUAUAGGGAAGACUCAGGGGCUAAGAGAGAGUCGCAGUUGUCACAGGAGCUGACGAUGAAUUACCGGGCGUCGGCGACGUGUCGACUGCUUGGAUUUCCGGUGGAGCUUGCGGUGGCAGUUGGCGAGCGGGCGGAUGAGGUUUUGGGGCGUGCCCUGCAAGAUGCACUUGAAAGUGACGUGAUUUUCAUACUUCCCCAGCCAAAGGGCUCGGUGUCAUCACAGACGUCGCGUGGUCGUGGACGCGGCCAGCAAAAGCGGGCCGGGCAUUGGCGGCAUAAUGCUACACCUUCGCUUUCACCGCGCCAACUUGAAUUUAAGGCAAUUAUGGAUGAACUGCGCGAAUUGUGUGUGCAUUUCAGUCGUGUGUUGAAAUUUGCCAUCAAGAGCCCUUCAAAAAUGGGGCGACGGGAGGAUGACGAGGCAAUCGAUGCUAAUGAUAAUAACAAUAAUAAUAAAAAUAAUAACGGUGGAAAUUGUAAUGCAAAUGCGGCCCGCUCAGAUUGGAUUUGCCGAGCUUACGUGCGUGACGAGUGGGGUGUGGCGCCAAAUCUCAGCUUCACUGGCGAGGUGCGUGGCCAGUCAGCGAAUGAUUCACUGAUGCGUUGUUUUGCGAUGUUGCGGGACCGUUACCGUGAGGAGCUCGAGUCCGCCUUUGUGCAGCUGGAGAGUGUUCGCGAGGUGGAGGCUUUUGUUCGUCCAUGGGGGAAAUCCAUCGAGAGACACUGCUUCGAAGAGGGCGCGGAGGAGCCGUCGUCGUCGAACAAGAAGGCGGGGCGGAAAAAAGGCUCCGCCGAAACAUCCGAAGAGGCGGCAGACGGCGAACGGAAAGAAGGUACGGAGUCUCCGGUGUCGGUUGAAGAACAGUAUCGGGUGCUGCGUCCGACAACCUUCACGGCUGCUGUAAUCGUCGAAGAUGUGUACGGCAACAUCAGCGUGAAUCAAGUGAAGCGACAGGCCACGCCAUUGGCGGCGUACCAAAAUGCGUCGGGGCAGGCGCUUCGUUCGGAGGCCGUUCUUUCACCGGAGAUUACAAUUCUCGAUCAGUGCCUCCCACCGGCGCCGUUAAUCACCCGCAUGCGGUGGCAGUUUGAUGCGAUGGUGCAUAGGCUGGCAAAGGCGCAGGGGAAACGUCCAGAGGAGCUGGCCGUGAUUCGGAUCGAGGGUGACAAAAAAGGCAAUCAGGAAAUGGACGGGAAAGAUGCAACCAUUUCCAAAAAGCCCGACGGUGGAGGUGCCACAGUGGCAAUCGAGAAACAAUGUGUCUUUUUUACCGCGUGUUUUAUAUCUGACGGAAGCGUCGUCUGGCAGAAUAGCGGCUCGGGUCGCUACCGGCUUGAGUUCGACUGCUAUGUGCAGGCAUUAACAUAUCUUCUUGAUCAGUAUCCCGAUACUGGGCUGGCAAAUUUUGACGCACGUGGCGGUGGCGUAUUGUUUCCCACCACGCAGCUUUUGGAACUUGCGGUACUUAAACAUGACAAUUACAACGUUGCCACGAACCACCGCGGAAAGUGGAAUGUAUACGCUCUGCUGGGGACACUCACUUCGCAGCUUAUAGGGAGUUUCUACCAAACGACAUAUCAUGAGGACCGUUCUGUCGGGGAGGCAAGGGCAAUACUUACCGUGAAUGACGGCAUGCAUUCGGAUCAGUUGUUGAUUCAGCGCCAGGCGAAGAAGCGUGGAGAGGCCUGGCGGAAUGCCUGCCUAGACGCACUGCGAGAAAAUUUUCCCAAUCAAUACCGUGAUGCACUGUUGCUUCACCCCGACAUUGAUCUCUCAAGCGAUACAAUGGCCCGUGGAAGCAAGUUUCGCGCCCUUCCGCGUGAAAAACGUGUGGAGCAUAUUGGGAACCUAUUCUCACUUGUCGCUGCCUUUGCGGAGGAGGAUUUGGGAUGGCACAACUUGCGUGUGCGCCUUCGCAACGCCUCAGGGGAUUUGGGUCUUCCACAGUGGGUGGCGGAGAUGGAGGCACAGAUUGAAGGUGAGGAACAGCGGCGCGUGGUUGCCAUUUCUCCUCCAUAUUCACAAGUAAAACAUGCCAGGCGUGUCCUUGUGUAUCAGCUGGCACAGAAGUACUUUCCGAAAGAACUCCAGGCAUAUGCGAAGCUGAAUCGUGGUGACGCAAUAAACCCUGACCAGGACGCGAGGAAUGUUGACAAUGCCGUGUAUCGUGUGGGGGCAGAGUCGUUUGUGAGUCAGGUGAUAGCACUUCUUGAGGAAAAGGCUUCCACCUUGGCCCCCUUCACAUGGACACUUGAGCAACAUGUUGACAGCAACACCUGCGACGAUAAUAGUAACGACGGCAGUGUUGAGUGUCUUCUUCGUCCUUUUCACCCAAGAUACCGGGCGGCAGUUUAUGCGCAGAAUGGCGACUUACUCGUAAGCGAACGCAUUGGUGGCGAAGAUGAGGGUGCACUGGUCGUUCUUUGCAGCGUUUUGCGCGCGGCCACAAAUCGUUUUGCAGGCGAUAAGGGAGAACAACUAUGGACGGAGUAUGAGUGCCAUGCACCGCCACCUGUGAGCACCUCUCGGGAGCUGGCGCUGUACAUGUUCAACGCCUUUUUUGGUGCCUCGAGCGCUGGCAUCAUGGACACCACAGACUCCUCCAAUUCCGCUGAGCAGCAGGCAAUUGACGUUGAGACACGUGAGUUGGGUGGUUACUGGUUUGUGACGCUGUCCCUCUCAAGGGUGGGUGGCUUGGCUGUAGCGCGUGCCAUCGCCACGGCGAAGCGGGAAGGCGUCCGCGACGUGAUUCUAUUGGCCUGUCGGCGGAGUUUCCCACGCUCGCUGCAGUACUUGUUUGCGCAUUCGAAAGAGAUGAGUUCUUUUGCCGGGGAGGUAUUUUCAGCACCAGUGGUGGAGAUGCUGCCCGACACCGUGACUCGAGAGAUCCAGCGGACGGUGGAGCGGGCAGAAAGCGCAGGGCCACCACGGCCGUAUACGCUCCUGCGGCGCUGCGUCACACGUGACUUCCGCAACGAACGCUGGCUGCGUGUCGAGCAGGUGCCUAGUAGCGGGAGCGGGUUUGAAUGCCGUAUUUACCUACAGAAACACAAGCGUGAGUCCAAGAAAGGCGAGGUCCAACUUGUGGGGUUUGGCUCAGCCUUGACUCGCACGCAAGCGCUGCACAUCGCCUCGCUCUGCGCGUUGGAAAAUCUUUUUGAGGGAGAUCUUGCGGAGGCCCUUUCACGCUCAGCGGGUUACAGGGACUUGCCGCCACCAGAGUAG